ACUCCAUUGCUGUUUCCACGAUUAUAUAUAUGUAGUUUCCAAAAUUCUUUUGCUUCAACUAUAUAUGCUUCCACUCUGCAGUUUGCAUAUCAUCUUCGUAAUCAUGUUUUACAGUAUAAUGAGUGGUAGAUCUGUGCAUUCUGUUUUGGUUGGGCUUGUGUGCCUGGCCCUUGCCUCUGCUAUUUGUUGUUCAAGUGUUGGAAGCUCCAACAACAUUAUGUGCUUGGAGAGUGAAAGACAUGCUCUUCUCCAGUUCAAACAAGGCCUUGUGGAUGAGUCCAAUGCUCUUGCUUCUUGGGAAAACAAGAAAGAUUGCUGCAAGUGGAGAGGAAUAGCGUGCAACAACCAAACAGGUCAUGUCACAAGACUUGAUUUGCCCUUUAUAUCUUUCAAUUAUACUGAAGUUCCUUUAAGAGGUGAAAUUAGUCAUUCACUACUUGAAUUGCCAUAUCUAAAUUACUUGGACCUCAGUUAUAAUGAUUUUGGAGGAAUGAUCAUUCCCAAGUUCAUUGGCUCUUUGAGUCAAUUGAAAGAACUCAAACUUGCAGCUGCUGAUUUCAGUGGACCUGUUCCUCCCCAACUUGGAAACCUCUCUAAUUUGCAUACUCUUGAUCUUUCCUUCAAUGAUUUUGAAGGAAUGAUGGUUCCCAAAUUCAUUGGCUCUUUGAGUCAAUUGAAAGAACUCAAACUUGCAGCUGCUGAUUUCAGUGGACCUGUUCCUCCCCAACUUGGAAACCUCUCUAAUUUGCAUACUCUUGAUCUUUCCUUCAAUGAUUUUGAAGGAAUGAUGGUUCCCAAAUUCAUUGGCUUUUUGAGUCAAUUGAAGGAACUCAAACUUGCAGCUGCUGAUUUCAGUGGACCUGUUCCUCCCCAACUUGGAAACCUCUCUAAUUUGCACACUCUCGAUCUUUCCGUGAACCAUGAUGCUAGUUCUGAAACCUUGAGUGGUUAUCUCAUCUUUCUUCCUUGA